CAAUAUCCACCUUUGUACCUUGCGGCUCAAGCACAGCACUUGCGACAUCGAAGUUGUCAUCUCUAGGAAGUAUGGCGCGAUCGAUGGUAUGAACCAGUAUCUUUGAGACUGAUGUGUAAGAGCUGUUGUAGGUUGAACUGAAGUGCCGCGUUAGUCAUCCGAGAUGGGUAUAUGUUCUGCCAGUAUCUUCUGCCAACGAACUUCACAAACUCUUCACCUCUGAAGUCCGUAACAUCGACUGAGUAUAGCAAUAUGGCAUCCGCUCAGCCUCUCAAGCUUGCAAUCUUGGACGACUACCAUGGCAUCUCGUUGAAGCACUUCUCUCAUCUUCCCGAUUCACAGGUGGAGAUCACAGUGUUCAAUGAUACGCUGCCAUCAUACACCCAUCCCAGGACUACAGAUGCCGAGCGACAAAGUUUGGUUGAGCGCCUGCGCCCGUUCGCCGUGCUUAGCACAAUACGCGAGCGCACUCCCUUCCCUGGAGAGCUUCUUCGUCAGCUCCCGAAUCUCAAGGUGAUCUUCGCGACAGGCGGAAAGUUCGAAAGCUGGGAUCUUGCAACAAUGAAAGAGCUCGGUAUUACUGUUUGCACAGCGCCAGGCAAAGGCCGCACAGAUGGCAAAGGGAGCGGGCAGUCCCCACGUUCACUGCCGGUAAAGCAGGGCGGUGGCCAUCCAACUACGCAGCAUGUGUGGGCGUUGAUCCUGGCGCUAGCUCGGAACGUGGCGGCAGAUGAUGCUGUGGUGAAGGGCAAGCGCGGACCGAAGGCGUGGCAGACUGGUCUAGCCAUCGGUUUGCAGGGAAAGACGCUAGGUCUUGUUGGGCUGGGAAGAAUUGGAUCGCACGUAGCAAGAGUAGGCGUGCUUGCUUUUGGGAUGAAGAUCGUAUGUUGGAGUGCCAAUUUGACCCAAGAAAAGGCGGAUCAGCUUGCCGAUGAGGCUGGUCUGCCGGUCACUGGAGGUGGCAUGAUCCCUGACGACGAGAAGACAUUCAAAGUGGUCAGCAAGCAGGAGGUAUUCGCGAGCGCGGAUGUGGUCUCAUUGCAUUAUGUGCUCAGUGAGCGAUCCAAGGGCAUCGUGAGUUCCCAGGAGCUGGAGUGGAUGAAGCCGUCUGGACUGUUGGUGAAUACAUCGCGAGGGCCGUUAGUGGACGAAUCAGCACUGCUCGACACAUUACGCCAUGGACGCAUUGGAGGAGCCGCAAUCGAUGUCUUUGAUAUUGAGCCAUUACCAGCAGAUAGCCCGUGGCGCAGUGAAGACUGGGACAUGCAGGGCAAAAGCCGGGUUGUGUUGACACCACAUAUGGGCUACGUGGAAGAAGGCACACUGACCAUAUGGUAUGAGGAGACUGCAGAGAACUUGGAGAGGCUCCUGGAGGGGAAGGAACUACUAAAUGUUAUUUGAGAGAUGCGCGCAGGACAUGCAAUUGAGACAUGUAUAGUACUUUGUUGUACUUUUGAGGGAAAAGAUCGGUCUCCAAGCUGGCAACGCGAGUACAUGUCGUUCCUGGCUAACGUUGAGUGUGGAUGUGAGGCCAUUGGAUUUGCAUAAGCUAUCGUGCGAUGUACAUUUACUCAAAAUGAGUCGAAGUGUUGCAAUACGAUAAGCGGGCGGGGCAUGUAUGUAACCAGGCGAGCGAUCUAUAAGAAUGGCUCGUCC